AUGAGUAGUAUUCUCAGUUGGAAUGUGAGGGGUAUUAAUACCCAGGGUGUCAUGGAAAGACUUCAAUCCCUGAAGAGUAUCCAUCAGAUUUCCUUAUUUGCUAUCCUGGAACCUUUUUCUGAUAGCUCUCAAAUUCAUCAGUUCAGAAACCAGCUUAACAUGGACAAUGCUAUUAGCAACCCAAAUGGUAAGAUUUGGUUGUUUUGGAAUAAAGAUGUGGAUUGUAGGAUUCUGGAAAAUGGGGAACAUGUGAUUACUUGUGAAAUCUUCCAUGUAAUGAAUCCAAACCAAUUCAGAGUUUCAUUUGUCUAUGCAAAAUGCAAAGAUCAUCUCAGAAGACCCUUAUGGGAUAACAUGUUGCAGCACUCAAAUACAACCCUCCCUUGGUGUACCUUAGGUGACUUCAAUGUUAUCACUGAACCUGAAGAGAAACUGGGGGGUGUUACCUACAAUAUGAGAAAGAGCUUGGAGUUCAUAAGCAUCAUUCAAGCCUGUGGUCUUCAGGAUUUGGGAUUCUCUGGACAGAAAUACACUUGGUCUAAUCAGAGGGGUAUCUUCUUUAGAAUCUGGAAGAGAUUAGAUAGAGGUAUGGUCAAUGACAAAUGGCUGGAAGUGAUGCCUCAGACUACUAUCACUCACUUACCUACUGUUGGCUCUGACCAUUGCCCUCUCCUGUUAGAGUUCACUGAGCACCAUCAACACCAAAUCAAGUAUUUUAAAUUCAUGAAUUGUUGGACAGACCACCACUCCUUCAUGGAUACUGUUAGCAACUGCUGGAACAGGAACAUUGAGGGUAAUCCCAUGUGGUGUUUUCAUCAGAAAAUGAAGAGAUUAUCUAAUACUCUUAGUAGGUGGUCCAGGAUGCAGUUUGGGGACAUCUAUGCUAAGGUGAAAGAGUGUGAAGCCAAGGUUAGACAAGCUGAGAAGGAUCUGAUUCUUCUUAACUCUGAGGAAUGUAGAGCCAAUCUUCAUGCCAUCAAUGCUGAGUAUAUUAGAUAUCUUAAGUUGGAGGACUCCAUGCUCAAACAAAAGACUCAGUUGCAAUGGUUCAAAGAGGGGGACAAGAACUUCAAGUACUUUCAUGCAAUCAUCAGAGGAAGAAGAAGGAAACUCUUCAUCCAUAGGAUUCAAAAUGAUGAAGGUAACUGGUUGCAAGGGGAUGAUGACAUAGCCAGGGCUGCUUGUGAUCAUUUCCAGAACAUUUUCACUGGUGAAGACACUCAUAUUCAGGAGGAUGCCCUUCAAUGUAUUCCUAAGCUUGUCACAGAUGAUCAAAACAGGGACCUCCAAGCUCUCCCCACCUUGGAGGAACUGAGGACUGUGGUCUUCUCUAUGAACCCCAACUCAGCAGCUGGCCCUGAUGGAAUGAAUGGUAAGUUUUUUCAGGAGUGCUGGGAGAUCAUCAAAGAAGAUCUAUUCAGAGUGGUCCUUUCUUUCUUUAAUGGUCAAACAUUGCCUAAGUACUAUACUCAUACCUGUUUGGUUUUACUCCCAAAAGUAAGCCAUCCAACCAAGCUCUCAGAAUUCAGGCCUAUUAGCCUUAGCAACUUUACCAAUAAGAUUAUUUCCAAGCUUUUAUGCCUCAGACUAGCACCCACUCUUCCUACUCUUAUUUCCCCUAACCAAUCUGGUUUUGUUAAAAAUAGGAGUAUCUCUGAGAACAUCAUGCUAGCUCAAGAAAUCAUUCACCAAAUUAAGAAGCCUAAUGUAGGUGGUAAUGUGGUCAUUAAGCUGGACAUGGCCAAAGCCUAUGAUAGAGUCUCUUGGUCCUAUAUCUGUUUGGUCUUGAGGAAAAUGGGCUUUGGAGAAGGGUUCAUUGAUAUGGGUUUCUUCAUGGCAAAGAGGGGGCCUCAAAUUAAUCAUCUCAGCUUUGCAGAUGAUGUUAUCAUCUUUUCUUCUGGGAGAGCCCAAACUUUGCAACUCAUUAUGGAAACCUUGCACACUUAUGAGAGUACCUCUGGUCAGCUGAUCAACAGAGACAAGAGCCAGUUCAUGGUCCCUUCUAAUGCCUUCAAUUCUACUGUAAGAAGAAUUAAGAAGGUCACUGGCUUCAGGCAAAAGGAUAGCCCUAUCACUUAUCUGGGGUGCCCUCUUUACAUUGGCAGACAAAAGCUCAUAUAUUACUCUGAUUUGAUUGCCAAGGUGGUGAAUAGAAUAACAGGGUGGCAGGCUAAGAUCCUCAACUAUGGAGGUAGAGUCACUUUGGUUAAACAUGUCAUCCAAGCACUCCCCAUCCACCUGCUGCCAGCUAUCUCCCCUCCUGUAACCAUUCUCAAACAGAUUCAGAGUAUCACUGCAAACUUCUUCUGGGGAUGGAAGAAUGACAAGAGGAAGUACCACUGGUCUUCCUGGAAAAACCUUAGCUACCCCUAUGAUGAAGGUGGUAUUGGUGUUAGACAAAUCUCUGAUGUGGCCAAGUCUUUCCAAUAUAAACAGUGGUGGACUUUUAGAACUAAGAACUCACUAUGGGGAGAUUUUACCAAAGCAAAGUACUGCCAAAGAUCCAAUCCCAUCACCAAGAAAUGGCACACUGGACAAUCUUUGAUAUGGAAGCAUCUUAUGAAGAACAAGCACAAAGUUGAGCCUCACAUCCAAUGGCAAAUACAGUCUGGCUCUUGCCUCUUUUGGUGGGACAACUGGUUGGGAGUGGGUCCUUUAGCCCAAUUCAACAACAACAGCUGCAGGCUUAACAACACCACUGUUUCAGCCUUCAUGGACAAUGGACAAUGGACCACUGAUCUUCUCAUCCAGCAGGCCCCUCCACAGAUGGUACCUGGCCAAGACACUAUAGACCAUAUCCUUGUUGCAGGAGCAUUUGCCAGGAGUACUUGGAGUAUGUUUGCUGACUCUGUGGGCAUAAGCAAGGAGUACACACCUCUCAGAAAUUUGUUAAUGAGAUGGUGGACCUCUAAAUACAGGAAUGAGGCUCACAAGAUCAUGAUACAAGCACUCCCUAUCUUCAUAUGCUGGAACCUCUGGAAGAAUAGAUGUGCUUCAAAAUAUGGAGGAAAGCAUUCUAACCUUGCAAAAGUAAAGUUCUCUGUCUUUAAAGACACUUCCCACUUGCUGCACAGUGCUUUUCCUUAUAUCAACUGGCCCAACAACUGGAGGGACCUGGUUCUCUUGGUUGAGCAAUGCUACCAUGAUAUCAAGGUCUUCCCUGUAUGCUGGUCCAAACCAACUGACCAUUUGGUGAAGCUGAACACUGAUGGCAGUGCUCUCACCAAUCCUGACAACAUUGGAGGAGGAGGAAUCCUUAGGAAUGCAUCUUGUGAUCUCAUGUUUGCUUAUGCAAUCCCCUUAGGAUCUGGAACUAACAAUCAAGCAGAGAUCAAAGCUGCUAUCUUUGGUCUCUCUUGGUGCCUUCAUCUUGGCUACAAUCAAGUCAUACUGGAGGUUGAUUCCCAAUUACUUCUUAAAUGGCUGCAACAGGAAGCAAAGCCUCCAUGGUCCAUCAAAGAGCUGCUGGACAAGCUCAAUAACAUCAUAAACCAAUUCCAGGAAUUCAGCUACAACCACACCUUCAGGGAAGCCAAUUCCACAGCUGAUAGCUUGUCCAAACACAGCCACAAAUGCUCUGUUCCUGAGCUCUACUUCAACAAGCAGGAUCUUCCCAAAGAGGCCAGAGCCCUCAUGGAGCUAGAUAUGCUGGGAAUGGUAAGGAAUAGAGCAUUAUUUCUUCUUUCUUUUCCUAUCUCUGUUGUAUGUGCAGGUACAUACAAACCUACAACUCAUCAGUCCACCAGUGGAGAAACAAAUUUAGGUGCCCCAUGGUGCAGCAAUAGCAGGAUGCAACAAACUACAAAUGGAAGUUUGCCAAAUCCAAUUGAUGCAACCCCUCUUUGGAUGGCUGUUAAAGGAUGCAAGAACACAGGAUCAUGCAUAAGGAGUCCUUUGUACUCCAAGAAGUUUAACCACUUCAAAACAAGCAACAAGGAGCUUCACACAAACUUGCACCAACCUUUUCACUUCCCACAAUUGCUAGACCUUUUUUUAGUUGCUAAGGCAGGUUCACAGUUGCACACCUGCUACAACUUCAAAGUUGAGAAUGCUUGGCUUCUCAGGGAACCUGCAGCCAUCAUCACCCACCCUCUGUACCUCCCAUAUGCAGCACAGCAGCAGAAGUACCAAAAGAGGGAUCUACCACAAGUCCAAAAUGCAAGCUCUAGCAACCUGCAGAUUGGCAGGUAUCCCAAGGACUUGACCAUCAUCCAACAGAGGGAGAUACAGCAAGGAGCUGGUUACAGAACUACAACAACCAUGUUUUUUUGCUCCCUUGGCUACUUGUAG